CCCGGGCAACACCUAAUAUCCUCCCUUUCUUUUCUUGUCUGAACGGUGGAAAGCGUCUCAAAGAGGAAAAUUAGAUAAAGAAGAGGAGGAGAAAGUGUACUUUUAAUACAUUUUAUUGUUUUUCAUCGUUGUUCAGUCCGAGAUGGUCAGAAUAAAAAGGUGGAGCUGGUCAUCGGCCCUAAUUGGAGCCGCAUCCGCGGCGGCUACGGCUGCCAUAAUCGUGGGCAAGCCCAGGGAUCCAAAUUUCCAGCUAAUCUCCAUCAGUCUCACCUCUUUCAAGCUAAACCUCCCACUUCUCGACGUGGAGCUGAUCCUCACCGUCCACGUCACCAACCCCAACAUCGUUCCCAUUGACUAUGCUCCCUCCUCUGUCUCCAUCUUCUACGACGGCUCCCUCCUCGGCUCCGCUGAGCUUCAAGCCGGAUCCCAGCCCCCCAACUCUUGCCGGCUCAUCCGCCUCCCCGCUCGCCUCCACGGAGUCGAGCUCGCGCACCAUGCCGCCAAGUUCCUGUCUGACGUUGCUAACCGGGAGAUGGUUCUGGACGCGGCUGUGGACAUCCAUGGUACGGCUAAGGUGAUGUGGUGGGCACACAGAUUCAAGGCCCACGUUGAUAGUCACGUGAUAGUGGAUCCGGUCUUUCUUGACGUCAUCCAUCAGGAGAACCACUCGGAGGUCGACCUUCUCCUCCUUUCUUAAAUGACAUUGGAUUCCGAUUACAACUUGGUUUCUGCUGCCUGUGUGUAUUGUGAACAUUGUACUUUGGUUGAAACAAGCACAGCCAACCAAUUAUUAGCUUGGAUGUCAGCCAAUGUCUGAGCAGACACUUACAAAGGGCUGUGGUUCCAACAUGUUUUAGUAAUGCUCAGGGUUAUUAGGAUAUUUGAAGUUACUCAGGCUGUCUAUACCUUAAGUAGCUUAUUUUAAUUUUUAUUUAUUAAACAAAAGUUAUUAAAGCUCCAAUUGAAUAUUAUCAAAUAAGUUACUUUUUCUA